GAGGUUACGGUGCAAUCUUUGGAGCCUGUGUGAGCCCUGCGAUAGCCGAGUUAGAGGUCGGCUUCUGCUGGAAACUAAGUGAGACAUUAAGAGAUGACUCCAACAGAGGCGCGGUGGAAUUCAGAGUCCCCCUGAUCUGAGUCUUGGAGGCCUCAUCCUGCCCCAUGUACAGUAAUAGAAAUUCCAUGUAUAUCCCCCCACCCACCCAACACACACACAUGUAAGGGCAUGCACCCUUGCACACACACUUCCCUACAUGCCAGCUCCCAUUGCUUUCCUAACCCCGCACAGGGAGCAUGCCCCAUGCGAGAACCCCUGCUUAUCUGCUGCUUCCUGGCUUCCUCUGCCUGAAUUCUUGAGGCCCUGAAGGCAGGGGAGCCAGUCUGUGCAUACCGUUUCCUGAUCUCAGAUAAUUAGAGGAAAUGAGCUCACUGGUACAGAGGAGAUUGCGAAUUUCAGUCCGGACCUUCAGGCUUCACUCCUCGGCCUGCAGUAUACGUCUCUCCCUAUCCCUCCAGGAAGCUGUGCCCCUGAAGCCCAUAGACCCCCACAGACCCCACCUGAGAUGUCUUCUUUUGCUUGCUGGAACCUGUCUCUAACCCUUCUUGUCCUGUUCUGCAGCCCAGGGUCUGGUGAGGCCUUUGAAGUCUACAUACAGUCUGAGAAGCAGAUAGUAAAAGCCACAGAGGCUUGGAGAGUCAACUGCAGCACCAGCUGUGCAGCCCCAGAGAUCGGUGGUCUGGAGACCCCUACGAAUAAGUUAAUGUUGGAAGAGGACCCUCAUGGGAAAUGGAUAGAAUUCCUAGUCUCAAACGCCACUGUCGACACGGUCUUACUUUGCCAUUUCACUUGUUCGGGAAAGCAGCAGGCAGAGAGUGUCAACAUCAGGGUGUACGAGCCUCCAGCUCAGGUAACACUGAAACUGCAGCCCCCUCGAGUGUUUAUGGGUGAAGCCUUCAGCAUUGAAUGCAAGGUGCCCUCUGUGAAGCCCCUUGAGAGCCUCACCCUCUCUCUGCUCUGUGGCAGAGAGACCCUGAAGAACCAGACAUUUGGGGGAGGUGAAACUGUCCCAGAAGAGGUCAUAGCCAUAUUCAACAGCACAGCUCUGAAAAAGGAUGGUCUUAACUUUUCCUGCCAGGCUGAGCUGGAUCUACGACCCCACGGUGGGUCUCUCUACCGCCGCAUCUCAGAGUACCAGAGCCUUGAAGUCUAUGAAAUAAGGCAAGACAACCAGAUGGUCAUCAUCAUUGUAGUGGUGUCAAUACUUCUGUUCUUAUUCGUGACAUCCGUCCUGCUUUGCUUUAUCCUCGGCCAGCACUGGCACAGGAGGCGGACAGGUACCUACGGGGUGCUAGCUGCCUGGAGGAGGCUCCCCCGAGCCCUCCGGGGACGCUGACAGGCGCCUGGGAGUUCCCAGAACUCAACAUGGCGCCUUCAAGGUGUGGUUCAGCGCUGGCUGAAGGACUGUGGCGGCAGCAGAAGAUUCGGGGGACAUUUCCUUUUUUAGCCUCAAUACAAAUACCUGGAUUUCA